ACCUGCUAUUGCGUUAUCUAUUUCUCACUUUGCUCCUUAUUUUUGUCAUUCGCUUUCUGUUUCUUUGUUGUAUUCUCAACUUAUAACUUUCAGUCUCCAGUAACUAUGGAUGGUGUACUACCGUCACUCGUUACUGAACUCUUGAAGCAGUUGGGUUCAUUCGCAGCCCAGCAGGCUCUACAGGAGCUACAGUUGCUUGUUGGAGUUGAUGAAGAAAUUGAAAAUCUUCAAUACAAUUUCAAAAUGGUUCAGGCGAUGCUCAAAAAGUUCGAGGAAAGACGACUGAGGGAUGACGCUGUGAAGCUUUGGUAUGAUAAGCUCGAAGAUGCAUACUACAUGAUCGAUGACGUGUUGGACACCUGGGAAACUGCAAAGAUCAAAUUACAAAUUCCGAAAGAAGAAGAAGGAGAAAAACCUGCUCAUAGUAACGCUCCUGCCCCCCUUGAGAAAAAAAUGAAGAAGGUAUGGUCCUUCUUCCCCUCUCCCUCGUGUUGCUGUCGUCAAGUUGACAAUGUUUCUGUUCGUCAUGAGGUUGGUCACAAGAUAAAAAAAAUGAAUGAAACAUUAGCUAAUAUUCUCAAAGUCAGACAGGAUUUUGGGAUUGACUCGAAUAGUCAACCUGAAAGAGUUGAAAGACUAGAAAUUACGUCCAUUGUGGAUGUUUCUAAAAUAGUUGGCCGUAAUGAGUAUAGAGAUGAUCCACUGAACAACCUAUUAGCCAUGGGUAGUCAAGAAGAAAGCAAUCCUCUUGUCAUCACCUUAGUGGGCAUAGGUGGUAUAGGAAAAUCAACUCUUGCUAAACUAGCCUAUAAUGAUUCAAAAGUAAGAGAUCAUUUUCAGAAAAUAAUGUGGGUUAGUGUUUCUGACCCUUUUGAUCAGUACAAGGUUGCCCAGGCAAUCGUCAAAGAGCUUGACCCUAAACAUGAAUCCCUCAAAUAUACCACUAAUACAUUGGAAGAUCUAUUGCGUCCAGUUUGUGAUUUGAUUAAGGACAAAAAGUUCUUUAUUGUCUUUGAUGAUGUGCGGGCUAAAGACAAAUCCAAAGAGUCUGAAAAGUGGGAGCCUUUCAAAGCUGCUCUCACACAUGGUGCCCAAGGUAGUAGAAUUCUAGUCACCACACGUAAUGAGGAUGUUGCCCACAUGAUGGGGAGCACCAAAACCCACAUAAUCAACUUAGGGAAUUUAUCUGUUGAUGAGUGUUGGUUGAUUAUUAGGAAAAUAGCAUUUAAUGAUGAAAAUAUAGAUCGACAUAAGGAUCUUGAACCCCUAGGUAGAGAACUAGCAAAUAAGUGCCAUGGCUUGCCGCUUGCUGCAAAGCUUAUAGGGGGUUACAUGUGCAACAAGAGAAGAAAAGAACAGUGGGAGAAGGUUUUGGAAAAUAGUUUGUGGGAUUUAGAAGAUGUUGAAAAAGGUCUUUUGGGACCAUUGCUGUUGAGUUAUUAUGAAUUGUCCUUAGCAGAGAAAAAAUGUUUCUUAUUUUGUGCUGUCUUCUCAAAAGAUCAUGAAAUUAAUAAAUUUGAGUUAAUCAUCCAUUGGAUGGCACAAGGAUAUAUUGAUAUCGACUCAAAACGAAAUAUGGAGAUGGAAGACAUGGCAGAAGAGUACUUUCAAAAAUUAGCCAUGCGCUCUUUUUUCCAAGAUUUUGAGGAAGAUGAAAUUGAUGGUAGAAUUAAAAGUUGCAAAAUGCAUGAUAUUGUGCAUGACUUUGCACAGAAAAUGACAGAAGAUGUAUGCUUCACAAUUAAAGGUGAUGAAGAGGUUAAGAUAAACUUUAAAAGGGUUCGCCACUUGUCAUUAAUAGUUAAAGAAACAUUUCUUGAGUUUGUCUAUGAAGCGAAAAAUCUACGUUUUUUAAAUUUGGAUUUUAUUUCUUCUCCGAUUGUCCAAUCCAAGUUAUUCGACCAUUUGACAUGUCUACGUACAUUAUAUUUGAAAGGUGAGUCCAUUUUGAAACUUCCAAAUGAGGUGGAAAAAUUGAUACAUUUAAGAUUACUCAAGUUAUCUUGUACAGAGAUAAAAGAAUUGCCUGAAAGCAUAUGUAAUUUAUGUAAUUUACAAAGUUUGGAUGUUAGUGAGUGUUCAGAACUUGAGAAAUUACCCCAGGGGAUAGAUAAACUAAUUAAUUUAAGACACCUCCUAUUUGAUGAAGAUUUCGAAGAAAUUGAAAUAAAAUCGUUUCCGAAGGGAAUUGGGAGAUUAACUUGUCUUAAAACAUUAGGAUACUUUCCUGUAGGUGGUAAGGGCGAAGAAACAUGUAAACUGGGAGAAUUAGAACAUUUGAACCACAUUCAAGGGAAACUUCAAAUAGUAGGGUUGAGAAAUGUGGUAGAUUUUGGUGCGAUCGAGAAUACAUUGAAGAAGAAGAACCACCUCCGUGAUUUGUGGCUACUUUUUAACACAUUUAUAGAGGAAGAGGAGGAAGAGGAAGAGACAGAGGAAGAAAGAAGAAGAAAAAUGGAGAAAGAUGUAGUCAUUCUAAAUGCCUUAGAGCCACCUCCCCGCUUGGAAUCUUUACAAAUUUAUUAUUAUAAGGGCACCACAAUGUAUCCUAAUUGGAUGAUGUCCAAAUUGACCUAUUUGAAAAGCGUUUUUAUCGGAGGGUGCCAAAACCUAGAGCAGUUGCCUCCUUUGGGAAAGCUGCCGUUGCUCGAAGAAUUAGUGAUAGAUUAUGCUCCAGAGAUUCGAAAGGUGGGAGAUGAAUUUUUGGGAAUAGACAUAGAAGAAGAAGAAUUAUCAGAAUCAUCCAAAGACAUCAUCAUAUUCCCAAACCUUAAAUCUCUCAUAUUUUUUGACUUGGGCAAGUGGGAAGAAUGGAGUGGGAUGGGAGGAACAAUAGAAGAAGAAGAAGAAAAAGAUAAUAGUGCUAAUGCUUUUGUUACUAAUAAUACUCCAAAAAUUAAAAUAAUGCCACUUCUUCAUUCCUUGCAAAUUAACCACUGUCCUAAGCUAAAGUCACUUCCAGACUUCCUUCGUAAUACUCCAUUACUAGAAUUGGAGAUCAACGAACGUCCACCCCUCCCCAAACCUGGAAAAGGUCCACCCCUCCACAAACCUGACGAAGAAGGGAUAGGAGAGGACGAAGAAGGGAUAGGAGAGGACUGGGCCAAGAUUUGUCACAUCCCAAACAUCAAUAUUGGUUACUCGUAUGUGCGAAGAGAUGGUCAUGAAGUGGAAAGUUCAUGAAGUGAAAACUUCAUUCCAAGUCUCAUCGAUUCAAAAGAUUUCUCACAUCCCAAAUGUCAUCAUUGUUGGGAUUUUGUGAAUGAUGAUGCUGCAAUAGGAUGGGAAAUAAAUACUUUUUAUUGAUGUUUGGAAUGUUUUUAGCUCUCUCUUUUGCUUGAUCUCUCUGCCUCCUUGCCCCACUCUCCAGUGAUUUUAUUUAAAUGGCGGAAGAGCUCAACAUUAGGAUAAUGAUCUUCACACCAUUACAACAAUAUCCAGACCUUUCAAUAUUGUUUCUGUUGCUGCUGAAAAAUAUAUUGGUUGUUCAGAUUGCUAUCCAAUUUACAUAGUACUAUGCGAUUUCCACCAAUUUGACAUGGUUAUGAAUUUCCAACAUUCCAAAAGAGACUGAUGAUACCAGAGGCGGUGAAUGACAUCAACUAUAACAACUUGGUGUUCGGACCAGUUCCAACAUUCCACUUUUCAGACUUAAAACAAGGCAUGCAUGUGGAUUAAUGAUGAUCAAAACAGUGAAUCCAAGCAAGAAAUCAAUUACAAAGAUUAGUUGGUUGAGGUAUACAAGAUUGAGGAUAGAAGUGAAUAAGAAAAUGGGACUAAGCAUAAGGACUUAUCAAUUGGACUAAGUAUAAGGCAGACGAAGAAGUGGAAGUAGACAAUGAUGAAGGGGUGAUUUGCGAAGCUGAACAGUACAGGGUGAUUGACAUACACAGGAGAAGACAGAUACAUAUUAUGGGACAGGGUAGUAAGAGGAGGGUGUUGAAGCAAACAGAGACAUUAAAAAGACGAAAUGAUGAGGGAUCAUGAAUUUUAGAUACAAGCAGAGUUUUUUUGAAUGAUGACAGUGAGAGAGAAGAGGGAUCUAAAGCCUCUGUUAACUCUCCCUUUUGCUGCAUUUCUUUGACUAUUGCCUCUGAACUAGAAGGAUCAUUACUUUCUUGCCACUCUUAGGGUUUGUGCUCUAUCCUUGAGAUGGAAAUUAGGAGGUGUGGGCUUACAGUUGCAGUGGUAGGAUACUGAACACAAUUGAUGAUGACAUUCUAGUUCUCCUCAAGGCGUACACAACUCUAAAAUUUGAUGGCCACUUUUUUUCUUUUUGGAUAAGUAACAAAAAAUUUAUUGAACAAGGCUACUUCAUGCAAAAGCAUGAAGUAACAGAAAACCAUGAUUUGAUAUUAAAACUCUCUUAUUGGACCUUAUCCUCUUCCUAGUUUAGGUUAGUAAUUAUCCUUUGGUUCUGACACUACUGUCAGGAAGCUCAAUAAAGUGGUCAUGCACCCCAUGUUCAAUCAUAAAGCAUUAAGAAUGGUAUCGUUGUCGUCAAGUUAAUGGGCUGCAACACUGGAAGACGUUGGGCUUCUGAUCCCCUACUCCUUUGCAAAUCUGUGUCUAACAAAUGCAUGUGCAAAACUCCACUCAAACUUCAUGCAAGGUUGAUAGAAAAAGCCCAUAGAAACUAACAAUGGCAAACAGAAUGGCAAGGCAACUAUACCAGGUGCUUGGGUGCGGCAAAUCAAAGAUCAGGUCAUCAGGGCUUAUUUAUUUCUCCCUGCCAAAAGAAAAAGUUCCCACAUGUAAAGGAAGUUUGGCAAGAACUUGGGGAUAUAAGCAAAGAUCCUAAACAGCCAAUGAAAUCACAGAUGAGGAUCAUUAAGCUAGUUGCACAAAGUUAUAAGCAUGGAAAAUGGUGUUGUGCACUAUGGUGUUGAGCUUUAUAGCGACAAUGACUUCAAAAAUUGGGUUUUAGUUUCAUCAUUUGAAGCCUUAAUGUCUCCAUUUCCUCCUCAUCAUUAGGCAUUCAUUGAAGUUUAAACCUAUUGGAGAAGCACAGUUUUGUAUUGGUGAAAAUUGUUGAGCAAGGAUGCACCUCAGAUAGCCAUUUGUUACAUUCUAGUGCAAGAUAUAUUUGGUAAGCUCCAUUGGCUGCAAAGCUUGAUACGUUAGAAUAACAAAGCUCCCUUCCUCUCUGCCCUAUAUCAUUUACCCUGUUAAUAAAUUUCUAUACUAAGUUCAUAGAUUGCAACUAUGCUAAGUGAUGAGGUACUAUUCAACAUUGUGAAUGUCGCAUGUCAUGGAUGUCAAGAAGAAAUAAGGUCAACCAGUGACACAUGAAUUAGAAACUAGGCAAUUGGCGCUAUGCAUAUCUGUGAGAGAAGUGCUAAUGUGUUAAUAAUGUUUAAUCAGCCAGUGGUAUAUGAAUGCUUUGGUUCAUCAUCCCUUGGUGAUUCUCCAAACAAUCUGGGAGGCUAUUAGCUAUAUGAUGACAUGGGGCAUUCAACCAGCCAUUAUUCUUACUGGUAUUAGAGCUGUUGGCACCUUAUUAGUUAGUUCCAUAAAUGCUGGGUUACUUUUAUGCACCUCAUCGUGCUUAGGAAGUGUUAAAUUGAUGCUUUUCUACUGAUUUUGAAGUUUGUUAAUGUAGAUCAACUUGGAAUAAUAUUAGGGAAAAGCAUUCAGUUGUUGAUUGGAGGGCUUUGGUUUGGUUUUUGGCUGCUAUUUGCUACCAAUGCCUUCAUUUCUUGGCUAACUGUCAUGGAUAAACUUCCCACUCCUGACAUGGCAGGUAAAUGAGGAUACAAUUCUGAUCUCAUUUUUGUGAUCUGUAGGAGAUAUCUAGAGUCCAGGCAAGCAGUUGAAUGACUGGAAUUCUGUCUUAUGCUAAAAUAUUCAUUUCUUGAAAGUCAUAACUAUUGUUUGCAAGUUAGCUUGGGCUGCCUUCAUUUAUCAUAUAUGGCUUCAAGGCAAUGCUAGAGUUUGCAAGGUGUGCAAAAUAGUAAUUUUUGGCUGAUGGGGUAUAUCAGUAUCUGUUUUAUUGUAAAAGUGUUAUUGUUUGUAUGUUCUGCAGUAAUUUUCUGUUUGUGUUGUGUUCUUGUUUAGAGUAGCCACUUUGGUUGUUUCUAUGUUCUGCAGCAAUUUGUUGUUUUUGUUGUGUCAAGGUUGAACUGUUUUGUGAUAUCUGUCGCUUGAUUUGUCUUGAAUUGAUCUCAUUCUUAAAAAAAAAAAAAAAUGUCUGUCCUACUAGUCACCCAAAAAAUUUUAUUCGGACUAUUCUUUGGAUUUCUCAGAUGAUAUGUCUCAUCCAUCCCUUCUUUAAUGGUUUGAAUUUUAAAUUCCUUUUUACAUGUUAUAUCUCCUUGAAAUUGAGAUUAGACUUUUAAGAUUGAUAUCUAUUUUAGAGCAUUUUCAUUGUUGUCUAUUGCGAUUUAAAUAUUUUAUAAAUAUGCCAUCAUUAAACUUCUUACUUUAAAGUUCUAAAUUUCUAAUUGAUGCUUGUAACCUUAAAUAAUCCUUGUAUGGAAGAUGUUGGGCUUCUUAGCCCCUACCUUGCAAAUCUGCCUCCAAGAAAUAAUGUGUGCAAAACCCCACUUGAACUUUAUGCAAGGUUGAUAGAAAGAGCCCAUAGACACUGAUAAUGGCAAAUAGAAUGGCGAGGUAGCUAUACCGGAUGCUUGGGUGCAGCAAAUUAAAGAUCAGAUCAUUGGGGCUUCUUUAUUUCUCCCAUCCAGAAGAGACAAUCCCCACAUUACAAGGAAUUUUUGGAAAGAACUCGAGGAUAUGAUCAAAGAUUCUAAACUGCCAAUGAAAUGAGGAUCAUUAAGCUAGUUGCUCAAAAUUAUAAGCAUGGAAAAUGGUGUUGUGCACAAUGGUGUUCAUUGCCCAUAGUGUUUGCUGAGAUUGUCCUCUGGCAACCACUUAUUUGCAAAGUACCUGAAAUUGAACCAUAUGAAACUUUAGGGUUUUGGUACUGCAUACCUCAUCAAAUACAGUUAAAACCUAUUGGAGAAGCACAGUUCUAUAUUGGUGAAAAUUGUUAAGCAAGGAUGCACCUCAGAUAGCCAUGUCUUACAUUCUGGUGCAAGAUAUAUUUGAUAAGCUCCAUUGGUUGCAAAGCUUCAUAUGUUGGAAUAACAAAGCUCCCUUCCUCUGUGCCCUAUAUCAUUUACCUUGUCUAUAAAUUUUUAUAUGAAGUUCAAAAAUGCAACUGUGCUGAGCGAUGAGGCUCCAUUCAGCAUUUUGAAUGUAGCAUGUCAUGGAUGUCAAGAUGAAAUGAGGUCGAGUGAUACACAUGAAUUGGAAACUAGGCAAUUGGUGUUAUGCAUGUCUGUGAGAGACGGCCAAUGGUAUAUGAAUGCCUUGGUUCAUCAUCCUCGGGUGAUUCUCCAAACAAUUUGGGAGGCUAUUAGCUAUCUGAUGACACGAAGCAUUCAAUCAGCCAUUAUUCUUACCAGUACUUGAGCAUUGGCACCUUGUUGGAGUUGGGUCAAUGUAAGGCAAGUGGGGACUUGUGCACUGUGACAAACGAUCUUGGCAGUUUACACCUCCCCUUCAGAGUUCUCACAUUUUUUUCUGAUUCAUUGUUGAGCUCGAAGCCGGCCAACUUGCCGAUUGUGCAGCCAUAUCUUUUAUACUCAUGACCUGCCUAACCAUUAGUAUUUCACAACUGCAUUGUACAAACACCAAGGACUAAAGUAGUAAAGCAGCACAUCAAAAUAUAUAAAGGAAAAUCUAAUUAGGGAUUGUACAUUAUUGUAUUUACAUUUUUUAUGCCAUUCUCAUACUAUUUUUAAAGUAUUUUUAAUGGGUAUCAUUUUCAUAA